AUGGAAUUAGAACAGACAGAAAAAGAUAAUAAAAAGGCGGCCGAAUCAUACCAGAAAAAAAGGGAAAAACAGCCCGAUUCUUCCGAUUUGUCUUCGGGGGAAGACUAUGUUCCAUAUGUGCCCAUCAAACGGCGACGCGAAAAGAAACUACAGAAACUCGUUAGUCAACGCGACAAUAGACAGGAACAGAAACAAAGCGAAAAUGAAGAGGAAGCUGAAGAUGACUACUUAGCUGGCCCCAAAGCACAUGUCAGUUUGAUAGAUCAAGCAGUUGAAGUGAAGAAACAGAAGGCUAUAGAAGAUUCUGUUAAAACCGAUGCGCAGAAAAAACUCGAAGAAGAGAAGGCCAUAAUGGAAGCAGUAGCACAAAGAAGAUUAUUAGCCUCUGAUCGGGAACUUGCUAAGGGUAUAAUCUACACCGAGUCGGUGAAAACAACAUGGAGACCGCCUCGGUACAUUCUAGAGAAAUCAGAGAAAGAUCACGAUAAUGUUCGACAAAAGUUUCAUAUAUAUGUAGACGGUGAAGAUAUACCGCCUCCAAUAAAAGACUUUAAAAACAUGAAAUUCCCACGAUCCAUAUUGGAUUUUUUGAAAUCAAAAGGGAUCAGAAGACCAACGCCGAUUCAACUUCAAGGUCUUCCAGUAGCUUUAGCGGGAAGAGACAUGAUCGGAAUUGCAUUUACAGGAUCAGGGAAGACAUUGGCGUUCUCGUUACCACUUGUUAUGCGUGCGUUAGAAGAGGAAAUGAAAUUACCUUUGCGUGAAUUAGCUCGUCAAACGUAUGAUAGUAUCUGCUCGAUGAUAGAACAUCUUAUUCUUGAUGCUUUUCCUAAAUUACGAACAUUGCUCUGUAUUGGCGGAAUAUCGAUGGCUGAUCAAUGGCACACGUUGUCUGAUGGUAUUCAUAUUGUCGUUGCUACGCCUGGAAGAUUAAUGGACAUGUUAGAGAAGAAAAAGUUUAAUCUCGAUUUGUGCAAGUAUUUGUGUUUGGAUGAAGCAGAUCGUAUGAUAGACAUGGGCUUUGAAGAUGAUGUGCGCAAUAUCAUGUCUUAUUUCACUUCUCAACGUCAGACAGUGCUUUAUUCAGCUACAAUGCCCAAGAAAAUUCAAAACUUUGCCCAAUCAGCUUUGGUUAAGCCGGUAAUUAUAAAUGUCGGACGCGCUGGAGCUGCCAAUUUGGAUGUAAUACAAGAAGUAGAAUACGUGAAGCAAGAAGCAAAAGUGGUGUAUUUGUUGGAAUGCCUGCAAAAGACACCUCCACCAGUCUUGAUAUUUGCCGAGAAUAAGAAUGAUGUGGACGAUAUUCAUGAAUAUCUUUUACUCAAAGGUGUUGAAGCAGUAGCAAUUCACGGUGGAAAGACCCAAGAAGAACGCGAAUUUGCAAUAAGAGCAUUCAAAGAAUACAAAAAGGACGUCCUUGUCGCUUCAGAUGUUGCUUCGAAGGGUCUUGAUUUCCCCGACAUUCAGCACGUUAUAAACUAUGAUAUGCCAAAAGAGAUAGAAAAUUAUGUUCAUAGAAUAGGCCGUACUGGACGUUCUGGAAGGACAGGAGUGGCAACAACGUUUAUUAACAUGAACUGUUCGGAGCAAAUUCUUUUGGAUCUUAAACAUCUUCUUAAGGAAGCAAAGCAACGUGUUCCACCAGUACUUGAAGCUUUGGAAGACCCAUUAGAGAAAUUUAAAGAUCUCACUGGAGGCAUGUACUUUAUACUAAUAACUGAUAUCCGCAAUAGAUGUACAUUCUGUGGUGGAUUGGGUCACCGUAUCACAGCAUGUCCCAAAUUGGAUGCUCAACGAAAACAGCAGCUUGGGAGUCUCAGUCGAAGUGGUGGAGGAAUUGGAGGAGGAGACUAUUGA